CCUAGUAAAUAGUUUGUGGUGCUCAGUAAUUUACAUGCAGUGCUUUAAUGACCUGUAUUACAAUUCACCACAGGUCAUUGGGUACAUGUGUUAAUAUCAUCUGUAACCUCAUUGACAGAUUUUAUUGCCUGAUAUCCAGUAUAUUGUAUAAUGAUUAACUGGCUACUGAACUAUUCAAUACCUUAAUGUUUCAUCAACUGGCUUGUGCUAUUAAACAUGACAAAGCCAAUAUUGCUUUCUUAGGUGUAGACUUAUUUAAGCAUGUAAACUUAUUUAACCUUUGCUUAAAUAUGCUUUAAAGUGUGCACAGUUAUAUUAGGCCAGAGUAAAGCUACAGUUUAGAAAGCAUUCCAUGUUGCCUGUGUUCUAAUUUAAGAUGCCUACACAUUGGGUACUGUUUUAUAGUACCCUUGCUGCUCUCAAACAGCAGCUCAUCUUUUAGAUACUUGUCUUUCUAUAUAUGUCAGUAUCACUCCAUAUAUGAAGCAGUUGUUUUAUCAAUGUAUCAUACCUUCACAGAUUUUUUUCUUUUCUUUUUGACUGUUUUAAUUUCCCCCAUUGGAUGUUGUUUUUUUUCUCUCUCAAUCUGACCGUUUUAUUCACCCAUGAAAAUGCGGAAUGCACCAAACCAUUGGGGCAUACUUGCCUGAUAAACUGCACAUAUGCUGGAUCAAAAUUUCUGGUCAGAUAUCCAGAUUUGUGAAACCGAUUAAAUUGGUCUGAUUUCCAGCUCCUGAUUCAAGUAUGUAAAAAUGUUAGCCAUAUGUUAUCAUGCCUCUACUUUCAGGCUUGGCCCUUGAUGAUUUGGGUGGGUGUGGUCUCUUCUGUUACCCCUCAUCCUAAGUGAAGCCCCCCCCAGUUCCCCCAAACACACACGCAUUCAAACCACGGCGAUGACACACCAUCCCAACAACUCUGUUCGAGACCAUAUGAAAUGGGCUGGGUUGCUGGGCUGCGAGGCGGUGCUGUCCAGCAUGGCCCUGAUGCAGGCCAACAACAUCCCAGGCCAGAAGAGGAUGGUGUCCCCUUUGGGUCAAGGUCACCGGGCUAGUCCUGAGAGCCACCAAACCCAAUCGCAGCACAGCCACAACCACCAUGGACACCAGGUUCACCAUGGACAACCCCACAACAGCCACAUGGGCCAUCCUUCAGCCGGGAGCUGUCCACCCCUGCUGAUUCGAAAAGACGGGGAUUAUCACUCAUCAAGAAUGAUGGAUGGAAAGGACAUGCAGGCAAACCAGAAUAUGCAACCCAAGAAGAAGCACAAAAAAUCAGGGUCAUCCAGCAAAGUUAAAGUGGAGCAUUCUGUUCCACCAAUGGUUAUGGACGACGAUGACAGUUCCUUGAAAGUCCAGAAGAACUUCAUCUGUGACCACUGCUAUGGAGCUUUCCGGAGUAGCUACCACCUCAAGCGUCACAUACUUACACAUACAGGAGAGAAGCCAUUUGCUUGUGACGCUUGUGACAUGCGGUUCAUUCAGCGUUACCACCUGGACAGACACAAGAGAGUGCACAGCGGAGAGAAGCCGUACCAGUGUGAUCGCUGCCAUCAGAACUUCUCACGGACAGACAGGCUACUGAGACACCGACGGCUAUGUACAGUUGGGAUGAGCAAAGAGGAGAACCAGUAUUCACAGGACACAUCUGCCCAUCCAGCUUCCUGGAGCCCCCUACAGCCUUCCAACAACCGUCUGACUGUCUGACCCACCGUUUUCCAGAGACCCUACAAACAGCAAACCACAGUCCGCAACUAAGAAAUGCCUCACAUUGGAGCUCAACAGUACUGUAACCAGAAAAACAGCCUAGCUUAAACACAACCAAUCUUUACUUUGCUCUGGCCAGCUCUUUCACAGAGCUUGAUAGUGGAUUUUUGUAGUUUUUUUUUUUUUUAAAUCUACUAUCUCAUUCGCUAUACAGACAAAAUGGGAAGGAGUAAUUGACGACAGGUCUUGCUAUUAUGGCAAUAACUGAAUGAAAUCGCAAGUCUCUUUAUCUGACAUGUUGCAGUUGAUUUAAAUAUAUAUUGCUGCCAGUAAUUUUGACUGUCAAUGUAUCGUGCAGCACCUCUUAGGUAUCCUGUUGACCUGCAAUCAACCCCAGUGCUGCCCUCUACUACAUAUGGACUGUUCACUAAAGAACACACAUACAGAACUGUGUCGCUUUUUAGUGUUCAGAUUUUUCUUAUUUUGUGUUCUUAAUGCAACUGACGAAGUACCAGCUGUUGCUUUUAAGGGACAGAUCACAGCUGACCUGUGGUCUGUGCUGCCACCUAUCCAACACUCAAGGUGUUGUGUGCGUAAUCUGAAAUUAAAAUUAAUGUCAUUUUUGAUAACACCGAUCUAAACAUGAAAUGGACCUAUUACAUAGCAAACUGCUAAUCUAUUUUACCUUCAUGUAGUUCACCUUUUUUCAAAUACACAAUCUAAAUGGAUCUAAAAUAUUUUUUCCACUGCUAUUCAUUCAGCUGUAAAACUGGAUAACAGAUGACAGCGAUUUGUACAAAUGGGUGGAAAAACACUAAAAGUUAACUAGAUGCUCCUGAAAUGUAACAUUUUCAACUAAUCUUGGUAUUAGUUAAGUUGAGUAGCGACUGUUGGCUCACAUAUUCACUGUUGUACCUUGUUUUAGAGGGGUUUUGUCCUGACUGUUCAUAGGUUACUGUUGAAAUACAGUAGAAGGCUGACAGGUUUUGUAGGAAGAUUUGUUUUUUUAUGCUUUUGAACAAAGUUAGUGAGCUUUUCUGUUUAUAUAAAAACUGGAUGUAGGAAUCACCUGUCUGUUGCAGUAAUAGGUGCUUCUGUAAUAACCCCCUCAAUAUAAAUGAACUGUGUCUGUCUCUCUGUUCCUAAAAAAACAGCUGUCAGUCUUUUUUUCCUUGCUCAGCAUUGAUAGAUUUUUCUGACUUUGAAAGAUAUCUAUCCUUUCAAAAGUAUUUUGGUAAGUGAGGCUGGGUCACCUUGUAUUCUGAAAUCCUGAGAUACACAUAAAGGUUUGUGAGAGUGCAUUAACACACAAUUUGAUUAAAACUAGUCCUAGAUCUGAAGUUACAUUCACCUGAGGUACUUGGGGAAGUUUGGUUCAGACUAGUCUAAUUCAGUGCCCAGAUGAAUUCAAACCGUUCUCAGGUGAGAAGACUCAUCCACAGAUUUCGAGAGCUUGACUUCAUCUUCAGUUGACUGAAUGUGAUCUGAAUACAGUGGGAUGUCAUUUCAUCUUCAGUUUAAUGUUGAGCAUCUACAAUGAAGAGGAUGAGCAGUGGACAGGGGAAUAUAAGGUCCCCGUGUUUUAUUUUUUGUACGACGAUAACCUACAUUAUAUUCUGUUAAGGCCUCUGUAUGAUGAAAUCAGACUGUAAACACUGGACAGAAGACGUUAGCUCACUUCUAAUGGAUUGUAUUGUAGACUGGUACUUCUAUUGCUGUCCGACAUUUAGAUUAUGUGAAAGAAGUUUGGGGCCCACCACCGACUUGUUUACUUUUUAUGAAGUUAAUAUAUAUUUAAAUUGUACUAGGGGUAGAAAAUAGUAUGUAUGAGACCUACACUUCAAAAGAAAAUCAAAGUAUUUACAAAUUUAUAAUCAUUAGUCUGAUCAUUACUUAUUACAGCAAAAAAUUGAAAAAGUCAUCCUUCAACUUGCUAUUAGGAGUAAAGUAAAAGCUGCCACUUUUUCCCUUUUUAGAUGAGCAGCCAUGAUUAGUCAGUGUAUUUUUUUUAAAUGUGUCUUUUGCAUGUAUUUGUUGAAGGAUCUUCCAUAUAUUUUGUUUUUGGUAAAGAUAUAUACUUUUUUUUUAUUUUUUAUUUGAGCCCCACCUUUUUUGUCUAUUCAGGGGUGAAGUGAAAUUAUUAUUGACUCGGUCAAUCAUACUGUAGUAAAAGGAGUUCUAGGGCCCCAACUGUCUCAAUAAAGCUGUUACACUUUUUAAACAAA